AUGGAGAAAGUAGCAGCAGUAACUAAUCUUGAGAUUCUUCAAAGAAUUCAUAUGGACAGCAAUUCGUUGACUAGGGAAAGUAGGUCUCUGAGUAAAUCAUGUCUUCUUAGGAACAAGGGAGCAUUGCCUGCAAAGGGUUCAAAUGAGAAAAAUAUGGCAGAUCCAAAUGAAGUUUCAUCGCCUUCUGUUAGUCUAAACAACAGUGGACUGCAUGAGCAUUCUGAUAGACACACCAACACACCUAGAAAACAUGGCAAUGCUGGCAUGUCAAAAGACAACAGAAGUGCUACUGGAUUCAAGAGACUACAAACACCCAUCAACUUAUUUGAAGAUGAAUGCAUUUUCUGCCAUUCAUUUAGAACAAGUCAGUUUCAUGGUCCAAUGGUGCAUUAUCGAAAGGGAAAGCUUGUGUCCAGUGACAAUGACAGCCCAUCAGAUAUCAUCUAUGUCCAUAAGAAAUGCAUGGAGUGGGCCCCAAGAGUAUAUUACAAAGGUGACACUGUUGUGAACAUGGAGAUGGAAAUAAGUCGUGCCUCAAAGUUGAAGUGCACCAGAUGCAGGCAUCCAGGAGCAGCUCUUGGGUGUUAUUAUAAGCAUUGCAAUAGGAGCUAUCAUGUUCCAUGUGCAGUGAUGACAUUGGAUUGCCGCUGGGAUGUUGAUAAUUGUUUUGUUAUGUGCCCAGAACAUGCAUCCGAGGCACUACCAUGUGAUAAGGUAAGCUCACCAACAAAGGAGAAUGGCAAUUCUUCUUCCAUCUCACAGAGUCAAUCAUCAAUCGAACAAAGAAAUUCCACUGGUUGUGAAAGGAAAGAUUGUAUAAUAGAUCAACGGAACAUAUCAAGUUCUUUGCCUCAAAGACAAAGUUCAGCCAAAGAGGGAAUUUCUGCUGUUCAUAAAAGGGAAAUAGAUCAACCGGACACUUCAUGUGCUUCCUUUCCUCAGGGCCAAUAUUUGGACAAGGAAGUAAUUUACACUGAAGACUGGAGGAAACAAAAGCAAAAUCACCUUUACACAGAAAGAAACUGCCCUUCGGAUCUGUGGGUUUUGCUUGGUUCAGCUUUAAGUCCAUCCGAGAAGGAUUCCUUGAAGGAGUUUGCAUCUUGGACCAAUGCAACCGUUGCCAACGAAUGGACUGAAAAUGUGACCCAUGUUAUUGUUGGCAAAAGUGGUGAUAGUGCAUGUAGCCGAUCAUAUGAGGUCCUGAUGGCUCUACUGUUUGGAAAAUGGGUUCUCACGAUUGGGUGGAUUAUGAAUUCAAUGGAAGAGUUGAUUCCAAGUCCAGAAAGUUCCUUUGAGUUGAGAUUUAGCCAUGACUCACGCACAUCAAUUGGUGGAAACAAGAAAGGAAGAAAUCAAGCUUCUGAAGGGGCACAGAAGCUGUUCUCGGGACUGAAUUUUUGCCUCAGCGCCUACAUAAACCCUGACGACAGAAAACACAUACAGAACCUGAUCGCAGCUGCAGGGGGGCAGGUACUGAAGAUAAGCGGCUCACAUUCGGUGCGUGAAAAUCUGGAGAAAGCUCCUGCAGAGCCGCUAUACUUCGUCUUUGACGGGGGCGCUCCAAGGGAGUUCACCCCAAGCUUGCUUGAUGAUCUCCCCAAGGAGAUGGAAGAGGGCAUAGAGCAUGCUGCCUGUGGAGCUCAGGUGAUCAGCCAUUUGAAAUUGUUCGACACCAUAGCUGCUUCUGAUGCCCAUAUUCUCAACCACAAGGAUCACUUCACCCCUUAUGUGUAAUGUAAUGUAAUGCCUUAUGUGUAAUGUAAUGCUGCGUUUGUACAAGGUAACCAUGUCCGUAGUUACCUGUUGUCAAUCUUGUAGGUGUUUUUGGCAGUGCCUGCAUCAAAUCUUUGGCACUGUAGGUCGAAAAUUUUGUAUAAACAGUAGCUGAAUUCCUACAUUGACUUCUGCCACAUAUGGUUAGCCUGAUAUGCAGGAUACGAGAA